AUGGAGCUUUUCCAUAGAGCUAAAGCAGUUAGACUGCAAGGUUAUCAUAACAAGUAUCUGGUGGCUGAUGAUGAUGAAGUAACAGUCCGACAAAGCCAUAACGGGUCAUCUUCGAAGGCUCGUUGGACCAUCGAGUAUGUCGAAGAAAACCCAAAUGCCAUCCGGUUAAAGAGUUGCCAUGGCUUGUACCUCAGUGCCACAAACGAGGCUUUUCUUCUAGGUAUGACAGGAAAAAAGGUACAACAAUAUCCGCAUCAAAUAAAACCAGAUCGUACCACUAUAUGGGAGCCAAUCAGAGAAGGACUCUUUCAUGUUAAGCUUCAAACAAGUGACGGGAAAUUCUUGAGGGCAAAUGGUGGAACUCCACCUUGGAGGAACUCCGUAACGCAUGAUAUACCUCAUCGAACUGCAACACAAGAUUGGGUGUUGUGGGGAGUUGAUGUGGUUGAUAUCUCGUUAUCUGAUGAUACCGAGUCUGUAAUGAGUUCGUUAUCCAGCUUUUCAUCAGUGGUUGACGAUUAUUGUGGCUCACCAGACACCGGAUCUCCGCUUGAUGUGGUGUCUCAAUCGUUCAAAGACAAAGAAACAAAACUGAGUGGAGGAAUGGAGUUCUUCUGGAAGGCGAAAUCCGUCCGGCUAAAGAGCCACCACGAUAAGUACCUCUUGGCGGAGAUCCACGGCGAAAACGUCUUACAGGAUCGUCAAGGAACAACUAAGAGUGCGAUCUGGAUGGUUGAAUUUGUCGAUGGCUUCAAUAACGUCGUCCGAUUGAAGUCCAUUAACGGCAAGUAUCUUACCGCCUCUGAAGAUCAAAAAAUCCUUGGCGUCACUGGUCGGAAAGUCGUUCAAUCCAUGCCUCAAAAACUAGAUUCAUCAAUCGAAUGGGAACCGAUUCGUGAUGGAUUUCAAGUUCGUAUGAAAACUCGUUACGGUAAUUAUUUACGAGCUAAUGGUGGAUUACCUCCAUGGAGAAAUUCGAUUACACACGAUAUUCCUUAUAAACAUCACAAUUGGAUUCUGUGGGAUGUUGAGAUUGUUGAAGCUAGACCGGAGGAAGAAGCACCACCACCGCCACCGUCGCCACCACCUAUCGAUGAUGAGGUAGUUGUAGUUUCAUCGGAAACGAUGAAUGCAGAUCUGAAUUCUUCCUCUUUUCGUCUUACAAACCCCAGAUCGGGUCGUACUGAGACGAAUGCGAAAACGGAAGGGAGGAUGAUCUAUUACACAAUUGCGGAUGAUGAUGGGCAUGUCGCUGAUGAAGAACGAUGGUUUGCAUUCAAAGGGCAUGGAUUGGACGAUUUGACUCGAAAUUUGGAAGAACAAACAGAAUUUGAUGAUAUAAUCGUGUGCUCGAGAAACCCUUUGAAUGGAAAGCUUUUCCCUCUGCGUUUAGCGUUGCCACCCAACAACUCCACCAUGCACGUUGUUGUUGUUCCUCCGACUUCCAAAGCUGCAAAAGAUUUCUUGCCGGUAUCGACAUGAAAACCAAAUUACGUACCCUUGUGGAAUAUUUCAUGGAAGCCUGACCGGACGCACUCGUGCUGAAGCAUGGAAGCAAAGCAAGAGAUCUUACAUCAAAUGGUUGGCAAAUAAUUUAAAUAACGGCUCCAUGAUCAUGACCAUCGUGGAUGAUUUUUUAAGCCCAAUCGAUUCUUUCUGGUGGUGUUUCUAUUAUCAGUUGUAUAAAUUCAGAUAAAUUGUUUUGAUUUAUUAUGGUUACCAGAAAGAUAGACAUCUGUUCGCGCUUGUGAUUUUGAUCUUGAUUUUUUCAUUCAACUUGAUUUUUUUUUUACGUCUAAAUAUUUCUGUGUACAUUGAACAUACACUGUCUAUUGGAUUAAUUUUUUGAAGC